AAUAUAGAUGGUCAAAAUCGUAUUUGUUAAUAACGUGGAUUAUGGCAAACUAUUUUAACUUAUUAUUUUUAUAUGCUUACUAAGGGACUCCUGCAUCGUAUAUUUGCUCAGGCCAUACCAGGGCAUACUUAACGGGCUAGUAGUUUGAAAUGAACAGGGAACAUUAUCAAAACAAAUUUUGCGACACCAAGGAUGCAAGCCGUUAAAACUCAACUAAGAAGAAGGAUGAAUGUUUUGAUUCAGUACAGUAGAACUUAGAAGAUACAGAACAAACGCUGUUCUUUUUUUAGUCUUUAAUAGGAUAUCAUAUUUAUUAUUUUUUAACUAACUUACAUAACUGUAGUUAGAUUAUAGAACAUAGCAAUGACGCUUGAGAUGAAGGUUUUUAAAGGAAUUGUAUAAUGCUGAUGGAUAUUGCAGUGAUCUGAACAGAUGAUAUAUAGGAGAAGGACAGAAAUAACUUCACGUCUUACUAGCCCUCCCUCUGCGAAGGUGUUUGAGCUAACUUACUGCAGCAAAUAAGAUGGUGGUCGAGGUGGAGAGUUUCUAUGGUGUGUAUAUGUUGUACUGUACUAACCCGAAGUUCAAGGGUCGGAUAUAUAUUGGCUUCACUGUGAACCCAGAGCGCCGUAUAGGUCAACACAACGCUGGACGACACCGAGGAGGAGCCAAGAGAACAAGUGGCAGGGGACCAUGGGAGAUGGUUCUUAUCAUUCAUGGCUUUCCAUCUGAUAUUGCAGCUCUUCGGUUUGAGUGGGCUUGGCAACAUCCACACAGUUCUCGUCGACUGUCCCAUGUUGCCCGGCGCAGCCGUAAAGAGUCCAGUUUGCAAUUCCACUGGCGUGUGGUGUCAAGCAUGCUGCGAGUGGCGCCAUGGAGUCGACUUCCCCUCACUGUGCGCUGGUUAAAGCAGGAGUACCGAAUGGACUUUGCUCCUGAACUGCAGCCUCCUCUACACAUUCCUCUAACAUUUGGCUGUGUUUGUGCUAAGACGAAACCCCAGCAGGAGUGCAAGGAACAAGAUGAGAGACCGGUGGAGCGGUGUGUGUUAUGUGGGGUGUUUGUUAAGGCUACGGAUAGACUAUCUUGUUUCCACCCUUCCUGUCAAAUGGUUAGUCAUCUGAUUUGCCUGGCUAAACACUUUCUGAAAGCAGAGCCUUCCCACCUACUUCCUGUGGAGGGAAAGUGUCCUGGCUGUCAUCACUCGGUGCUGUGGGGGAGUUUGAUACGCCAUAAAAAUGGCUGUUAUGGUGAUUUGGAAGAAAUUUCCUCAUCCUCAUCUCAGGUUGACAUUCAUAUGAUUUUCCCUGUUGUAUCAUAUAAUGUUACCAAUAAAUUCAAAAAUUUUAAUUCAUUUAAAUCUUAACGUGUUUAUACCAGAUAGUUAUUAGAGGAUUUUUAUAUUUCACAAAGAUGUUAUAUAUAGAUAGUGGUGCAGUUACGUUUUUUAAAAACUGUGGAUAGAGUAAGAGAAAGGUGCAGUUUUUAGUGAGACAAGUUAAAGAACUGAUGUCUCAGUUCUUUUAUUGAAUAACAAAAUAACUGUUUUUAUUCAUCUAAACAGAGUCAUUGGACAGAUGAACUACAGCUGUGAAGAUGAUGUCAUACAGCUGUUUCUGUUUGAAGAAGUAUUUGUUGGAUUGAAGGGCUGGCCUAACAGACUGACUGCUUAUUAAGGCCAAGGCAUCUUUAUAUUCUAAGAAAUCCAGAAAUACCAAGGAUAUACAGAAUAAGAUGAGUCUUCACACAUAUUUUAAAAUAAGAUAAAAACCUUUUUUUUUUAAUUCCGCAGUAAUACAUGUUUGAACAUUGUGUAAGCUCAGUCAAGACGAGAAUAAUUAUUGGAUAGUGUGUGUUUUUAAAACAACUGGGUUUAAAUAAAUUUAAAUGUGAAUAUGUUGUUUCUGAAAUCAUGUAUGGAUAUUUAUUGAACAAUAAAUCAGUGUACUUUG